AUGCCAAUCAAUCUUGACAACAUUUCAUUCUACUCGGCUCCAGCGCAAGCUGUGCGUCCAUCGGCAGCCAGAAGCCCGGUCAGACAGACUCUCGGGCCUUCUUGUUCGACGGUGGGAAGAACCUCGAUACCUCCUUUAGACGACUCGACGACUACACUCGAUCAGAACAAGGGUCAUAGUGACGAGAACUCAGUCGCGUCCUACCAAUUCUUUCCAGAGGAAAAUGUUGAGGGCAAAGUCAAUUCAAAAGAUAGGACGUACCUGCGGAUUGAUGAGUGCCCAGCAUCAGGCGAUAUGGGCCACAGCCCAGCCGAGAAACCUGUGGCAGUGGACUUCAACACGCGCGAGAAUUCGUCUGAGACAGCGGAUUGGUCUGCCAACUGCCUACCAGCCCCGUUCCCUUCGUUGCCAGCCGGGGCAUUCGCUGCGGCAAUGUGUCCCUCGCACCCAGACUCAAGUCCCCAAGCUGCCAUCAACACAGCAGACCUGGCUCUCCUGCAAAAGUCGACUGAGAAUGCGUCGACUGUCAGUUUAGAGACCCCUGUCCCAGAAAGCGCCGCGCCCUACAACGAGCAGCUGCCCCAAGUGAGUCAAGCAGCCGAUGAUGACUUCACGACCUGGCUGCAACAUCAACAAGUCGUGCCACCCAGCAGCGCAGAAGUUAAGGAGGCCUCAGAAUCCCCGAGAGAGCCUGCUGAAAAGUCAGGCACGAUGCCAAGCCCAGCGUUGGCCAAAACAAUUGUUCACCUUUACCGGACGAAAUGCACCUGGAUGCUGAGACGACAGCAUCAGAUGCUUCUCCUGUACACUUAUCUCGGGUCCAUCGCCGAGCUCACAGAUCACGACUACCAGCGGGCGCUUAUGCUGAAGUCGAUUCGGACCCGGAAUCUAGCGGUAUGGAUGGCGCUCAUGGAACCAAUGAUGACUGCAUCGGAGAUCAAGCCAACUCGACCAGAAUCCAGCAAGGGCCCCAGAGCUGUGAUAACAUUUCUCACCAACGCGUUGGGCGACCUUCAGGUUCUCCGCUGA